AGAAGCUGAUCUGGGGCAACUGCCAAGUGUGCCUGAGCUACUGUAAGGUCCCGUCACAGCCUGGUUUGGUUUGGUUUGGCCUGGCCUGGCCCUGAACAGAACUGAAUGCGCCAAAACAUCAAAUCUUAUUGGCAAACCCUGUCACUCUCUGCUUGUCCCAUUGUUUCCUUCAGCAUCGACAACAUCGCCAACUCGUAUCAUCAACAAACACCACGCGAUUGAUCAUUUCGUAUCUCGAUUAUAUUCGCAACCCCCAGCGCGUUUCAUUGACGAUAUCUCUCGCCCGAUCGCGCGUCGAUCACAGCCUCCCUCGCAAUGGACGAGUCCCCCGUGAAAACUGAGGGCGCCACUCGUCAUCGCGCUGGAUACAAAUCAUGGAAGAAGAAGUAUAGAAAGAUGCGCAUCGUGUUCGAUCACAAGAUGCAUGAUGGUGAGGAGUUGCACAAGCAAGAAGACAAGGCUGCUGCAUUGGUCAAGCGCUUGGCUGUAGAGAACGACCGCUUAUUGGAUCUAUUACUCGAAAUCAACAAUUCUCCCCAAAUUCCUCCAGAGAAACAAGUCGAUGUAUCCCUCGAGCCUCCAUCCCAAGCCGAUGCGCUUGUCCAUCCCCUGGAUGAAGAACAUGAGCUACAUAAAGACACGCCCAAGAAGAAGCUUGAAGACCUUGUUAAGAGUGUACCACAUUCAUCAUACAGCAGCGCCAAGGAGACAUUACCACAAAUCAUCAACGAUCUUAAGGCUGUCGAUGGCGAAACUUAUCCUGCCGAUUUCUUAUCUGCCGAUGACAUCGACAACUACAUCUACGAAAUCGAUAUGGCCCUCGACCCUGAGAAUAUGCUUCCUACACUCGCUCCCCGCGCUCAUCCUGGCAAUCAUCAAUCACAUCCACAUCUUAAGAAUCCUACAAGUGUGACAAAUUGGCUGCGCAAACACGCUCCCAAGAUUUUCCUCCAGGACGGAGAAGCACAUGGAGACGCAGACGAUGCUGAAGGUGGUCACACCGGUGGGCGUAAGACGCGUGGGUCACGAGGUGAGCGCGGCGGAAGAGCCAGCACAAGGGGCAAGCGUGUCAGUGCUGCAGCUCGUUCAGCAGCAGCCGCAGAUCGCGACGUGGACGCCAGCAUGGAUGAGGAUCAGGAGCUUGCCUCAACACCUGCUGUUAGGGGCAAGCGCAAGAGAAAUGCAGAAGACGACACGGGAUACAAGCCUCGUGGCUCAUCAACACGACCAACGAAGAAGAAGCGUAAGAGCGAAGCAGCAGAAGGGACACCAAGCGCACGCAAGUCUAAGAAAGACAAGGAGGCUCCUCUAGCCUCCGCUGAAUAGGUCCGGCAUAGGGCUGAACAGAUACGUCUGUGUCCAAACACGCAACCUUGCCAUGAGGGUACUACUGUUAGAGCGAGAGUAGCCGCUCUCGACUGUAUGGUCAAAGCUUGCAAAAUUGUAUUACUAUCGAAAUCGAAGAACGGAGCCCUACGGACAGAAUCCGUAUGUAUGCGAAAUCCCCGGCAUCAGAAUCGCAUGCCUUGACAACCGCGGUUUUCCUUCCGGCCAACCGAGGCCAUCUCGGUCGGGUCAACCCGGGCCUGCGGGUGUGUUCAUCCUCUGUACUUGUCAGCCUUUGAUGUCAGCCUUUUAUACGAUCCUUUUCAUUUUUAUAUACACGUGCGGGCUUAAGCCGAGGCAUUCCCCACCACGGGGCUGCAUACAGACGCUGAAGCUAGGAACACGCACAUCUGUUUUCUUUGGAAGGGGGAAAAGGGAAAUAGGGAGUUGGUUGUUAUUGUUGCUUUUCUGAAACAGGGAAUUAUUUUGGAGAUUGGGUGUCGGUUACGCUAGCUACGGACAACUACCGAGGUUUGACAGCAAGCAGUAUGACAAAAAGAGGCGUCAGAAGCGGCAUCUACCAAGAGCAGCUGUGCAUUGAAUGUAUCGUACAUGUGAGAAGAGGUGCAGGGACAAGUUUCAAGGUCCAAUAGAUUUGCUUUAAGCUCAAUUUGAGUACAUCCUAUGACUCUACCACCCAUUGAUCCGCGACUAAAGAAGGACUAGGAGGAAUGCACUACGGGGAACGAGUGGUCACAAUGCGAAUGGCCGGGGAAGAUCUAGGUGAAGAAAACUAUAAAGCAGGGCUGGGUAUCCCAUCUUGUCUAUAUGCUAAGAACAAGCUUGCUUUCUACAUGGACAUCUGCUUUCCAAUACUCGGUGGCAUGAUACAUGCUGUCUCCUCCUCAAAUCUUUGCUUUUACAUAUUCAAAAACCCAACAUCCUAUCCAACCACAAUGACGAUGGAGGAAUGCUUUUCAUAAGUCGUUAGCCAACUGCAUGUGUCUGUGCAGAAGGUUCCGGUUCAUGAUUGCUCUUGACGACGCCAACUUCCUUUCUGCUGAGGAAGUGAGUGGCCAAGAGAUCGCAAGAGGUGACGCUCUUGUGGUUCUCAAGACUGUGAGAUGCUAUUCAGGUUGUGACAACAUAUUCGACGCCGAUUCUUAAGAGUUCAUGAAAUAGUGGCUACUCUUUGCAGAGGCAUAAGAGGCCAGGAAGGUGGAAGCGGAAUUAGAGGCUAAAGGGAGGCUGUAAAAAAAAAACGACAGAUGACAAUGCGUUUACAGCUUCUCCUUGAGGGUUCGCUUGAGACGGCGCUCAACGGCAUCCAUGUACUCGUUGGUGGUGACAUAGUCCUUGCGCUCAGACUUGCCAGUGGCAAGGGCAAGAUCCUUGGUCAUGAUACCGUCAAUAUCGACAGUGUCAAUGCAAGCCUGCUCAAGGCUCUCAGCAAAGGCGACAACCUCGGGGGUGUCGUCGAGCUUGCCACGCUGGACGAGACCACGGGUCCAGGCGAAGAUGGAGGCAAUGGGGUUGGUGGAGGUCUCGUUACCCUUCUGGUGCUCACGGUAGUGGCGAGUGACAGUACCGUGGGCAGCCUCAGACUCGAAGGUCUUGCCAUCAGGGGUAAUGAGAACAGAGGUCAUGAGACCAAGAGAGCCGAAGCCCUGAGCGACAAUGUCGGACUGGACAUCACCGUCGUAGUCUGUAGAUGUUAGCUUUCAUGCGUUUUAAGUAGGCAGAGCCUGAACAAGUGUUCAGACUACAGGGGUGGACUUACUCUUGAGGGCCAUGAUGUAACCACCGGAGCUCUUGAUCAUCUGGGCGACCAUGUCGUCAAUGAGACGGUGCUCGUACCAGAUCUUCUUGGCCUCGAAGUCCUUCUUGUAGGUGGACUCGUAGAUCUCCUGGAAGAUAUCCUUGAAUCGACCAUCGUACUUCUUGAGGAUGGUGUUCUUGGUGCUCAUGUAGAGAGGGAGCUCCUUGUCAAGAGCCAGCUUGAAGGAAGCGUGAGCGAAACCAGUGAUGGACUCAUCGGUGUUGUACUGGGUCUGAGCGACACCGCCGCCGUUCUUGAACUGGAAGACCUCAAUCUCUUGAGGCUGGCCACCCUCGGGGGUGUAAACCAUGGAGAGCUUACCGGGGCCGGGCAGGACAGCGUCCUUGGCGCGGUACUGGUCACCAAAGGCGUGACGGCCAAUGAUGAUAGGCUUCUUCCAGCCAGGAACAAGACGGGGAAUGCGGGGGAUGACAAUGGGCUCACGGAAGACGGUACCACCAAGGGCAUUUCGGAUGGUUCCGUUGGGGGAAAGCCACACUGGACAUGCAAGUUAGCCGAAUUCAAUUUUGUUAAGCUGACUACUGCAGGUUUCAUUCGCUUUGCUGCUGCUUGUUUCCCCUCAUGUUGCUUUUCCUGCAUGCCUCAUGUAUGCGGGGUUGCGAUUGGCGGGGCGAACAUCGAGGCGCAACGCGAACUAAGACAGGGUCGGAAUGGGAAUUAACUUACUCUGCUUCAGCUUGAACUCCUCGACACGAGCCUCAUCGGGGGUGAUGGUGGCACACUUGACACCGACGGAGUACUUCUUGAUAGCCUCGGCGGCAUCAAUGGUGACCUGAUCGUUGGUCUCAUCACGGUACUCAAGACCAAGAUCAUAGUACUUGAGGUCGAUGUCGAGGUAAGGAAGGAUGAGCUUAUCCUUGAUGACCUGCCAGAUGAUGCGGGUCAUCUCAUCACCGUCGAGCUCGACGACGGGGUUCUUGACCUUGAUCUUCUGGUGGGAAGCCAUUGUGCGGACGGCGAAGGGAGAGAUGGUUUGGAUAGCACCGAAGGAAGCUCGGACAGGGCGGACGGCGGAUGAAGUGAUAGCGACACGGCGCAGCGAAGACGAGAGAAGAGAUCGCUGAACGGAAGAGGCGAAGACAGCGGCGGGCAUGAUGGGCGAAAAAAAAAGAAGAGGAAGAAGUUGGGAGUUUAUAAAAGAGGUAUAAAAAGGGUCUGGUACGGUAAGGCAGGCAGGUACGGGAACCGGACUCGGGAAUCGUCGCCGGAAGUUUGGCUCGACUUGGGACUUUCCUUGAGUCGCUAGUCGUUACAAACUGCAAGUGCAAGUGCCCAGCGCGGGGUGUAACUGCAACACGGACGGGCAAGCGGUUGGUUUGGGGUCGGAAGUGGAGGUCGGAGGUCGGGUUCAGGAAGGUGCUUGGGGUGUGGUUUUGCACCUUCUAAACUUCAACCGAGGAUAGGUUUUCGGUUGAUGUGCGGCGUCCGAGAGGAAAACCGACGAUGCGACGGGGGAAGGAGAAUAUGGGGUAAGUGUUAGGUUGGCAGGUGUGAUUGAUGCGUGGUUUCCCCCCAAUGAGACGGGGUGAAUUUGAUCAAGAGGCGCCGCUAGUCGAUUGGAAGCUGGGGAAUUUCGUCAGGUGUUAGUUACAGAUGCGCGCGUAAGCAAGAAUGGGAAGAGGGGAAAUGGUUUAUGAGGCGAUUCAUGUUUUGAGUGUUUUCUUUUGCCUCUGGCAUCUUGAGGGGUGUGAGUUUUAGGAAAUGUCUGUCCUGACAAGACCACGAGGCUUUGGUAGUGCAUCUUUAAUUCAGCAGAAAUAGGUAUGAUCCAAUCUGAGAUCAGAUCUAUAGUAUUUAGCUGCUAAAAUCCUUAGAUGAGGCGAAUCUAGAAGAAGCCUUGUGGUCUUCGAAUAUGCUCAUGAGGAAUAUCGUUGGUCAAUGACGAUACAACUGUAUCAUGACACCUAUUGUGGCUGACAAUUGACCACUGACAACUAGCGAAGCUAGCAACGACGUGACAUAUAAAAGCUGCACUUACAAGGCUCGAUUCGAUCGAAACGUCGUUUUCUUCUGGUGCUGAAGCUGUUGACGAGAAACAAUGUUGAUGAUGUAGAGAUGGGAUUUGAGCCGAAAUCGAGAGAGAGAAAUAGGAAGGACAAAGGAACAUUCAAAUCCAAUUCUUCCGACAACGGACUGUUCUCUUUUCCUUUUAGCCUUGUAGGGUCCAAGGCCGAAGACGGAUGAUGCGGUGCGGGAUAUCAAACGUGGCUGACAUGAUCUUUUUAGACAAUCGCAUGCUAUGAUAUGACAGGGGUCGAGUCUCUCUAUCUAAAGUGUCUACAUAUGACGUUCUUGUCCAACAUGAAGCUCAACUUCACCUCAAUUGACCAUCUCGCGAUAAUUUUCGAG